GACAUCACGGGGGACAGCGGGAUUGUGGAGAUUCCAUAGGGGAUAAUGGGGUCAUGGGGUUGCCAUAGGGGACACUGGGACACCUUAGGGGGAUGACGAGGUCAUGAGGACACCAUAGAGGGCAUGGGGUGUCCUUAGGGGAUAACGGGGUCAUGGGGUUGCCAUAGGGGACACUGAGACACCUUAGGGGAUGACGAGGUCAUGAGGACACCAUGGAGGGCAUGGGGUGUCAUUAGGGGAUGACGGGGUCAUGGGGACACCGGAGGGGACACAGGGAGUCCUUAGGGGAUGGCAAAGUCAUGUGGACACCGUAGAGGACAUGGGGUGUCAUUAGGGGAUGAUGGGGUCAUGGGGACACCGCAGGGGACAUGGGGAUUCCAUAGGGGAUAACAGGGUCAUGGUGACACCACAGGAGACACUGGGACAACUUAAGGGAUGACAAAGUCAUGGGGACGCCAUGGGGGACAAUGGGGACACCACAAAGGACAAGAGUGUGGUGAGGACUUCAUAGGUGUCCUGGGGACAUCAUAGGGGACAGUGGGAUUGUGGGGAUUCCAUAGGGGAUGACGGGGUCAUGGGGACACUGCAGGGGACAUGGGGACACCCUGAGCACGCAUGGGGCUAUGGAGAUCCCACAGAGCAUGGGGAGAUGCUCUGUGCACAGCACUGCACGCUGCUCAUUGCACGGUGCUAGACGCUGCUCAUUGCACGGUGCUGCACGACAUCGGUGCACGGUGCUGCUCAGCUCCUGGUGCACAGCAUUGCACGGUGCUGCACGUUGCUUGUUGCACGGUGCUGCACACAACGUCAGUGCACAUUGCUCCUCAGCCCCUGGUGCACAGCAUUGCACGUUGCUCAGUGCACGAGGAUGCACACCAUUGCAUGUUGCUCGUUGCACGGUGCUGCACACAACGUCAGCGCACAUUGCUCCUCAGCUCCUGGUGCACCGCGCUGCACGGUGCUCGUUGCACGGAGCUGCUCAGCACUUUGCAGUUUCCUGCUCUGUCGCCACUUCCCGGUGGUUUAUCAGCACCCACAGCCGCUGCUGGAGCCCUGCACGUGGCCGUGCACACGCGUGAGGAUCGCACGUUGGCGCAUGCACAAGUGUGAGCACGAGCAGCCGUGCACCUGCACAAGGGUUUGCACGCGUCCUGCAGCUUUGCGACAGCAUGAGCACCUGUGCAUGGAAUGCGAGCAGCUGCGUGCACGGUGCAAGCGUGCAGAAGUGCAGGCAUCCGUGCAACAGCAUGAGCAGGGGUGUGCUGUCCCCAAGCUGUCCCAAAAUUGUCCCCAAACUGACCCCACGUUGUCCCCCACCUGUCCCCAACUUGUCCUCAAGCUAUCUCCAUGCUAUCCCCAAGUUGUCCCCAUGCUCUCUCCAUGUCAUCUCCCUGUUGUCCCCAAGUGGCCCCCAUGCUGGCUCCAAACUGUCCCCAGAUUGUCCCCACGUUGUCCCCAAGUCGUCCCCAAGCUGCCUCCAUGCUGUCCUCGCACUGUCCCCAAGUUGUCCCCAAGCUAUCCCCAUGCUGUCCCCAAGGGGUCCCAAAAUUGUCCCCAAACUGUCCCCAAGUGGUCCACAACUUGUCCCCAUGUCAUCCCCCAGCUGUCCCCAACUUGUCCCCAUGCUAUCCCCAAUUUGUCCCCACGCUGUCCCCAUGUUGCCUCCCUGUUGUCCCCAACUUGUCCUCAAGCUGAAGCCACUCUGGACCCACAAGGCCAGCGGUGCCCCCCGUGUUCCUGGGGACAGGGACCCCCCCGCAGCCCUGGGGACAUUCCCAGUCUCGGUGACGCUCGCAGGGCCACCGAUGUCCCCAAGAGCAGAGUGACACGAUGGCACCUCGACGGCAUCCUCACAGCGGAGGGAGCACGGAGAGACCCCCCCCAGAAUUCCCCCUUUUUUUUGUG